AUGUCAAUAUCCGACUGGUUGGAUCCCUGGCCCUGGCUGUGGGUCGAGAUUCCGCGGCGGGUUUCAAUCCAGAGCAAGCGGGUAGCCGUUUUGUACUUGCUUCUGGUGCUGGCCACGCUUGCGUACGUGAUCUUUGACUUCAUCUCGACAGAAGCAUGGCAUGGGAAGCUCCGCAUCUCAAGCGGCUCCUUAACUACAUGGCGUGAUGCUCCGAAGGUGAGCGACGCCACCAUUCCAAAUCACUGCUUGAAUCCUCAGCAGUAUGACACAAUAUUCGACGAGUCUUGGCACUACAAACCGAGGUCCUGCAGGCAGCUUGUUGGCAGUGCGGCCUUCCGAAAGCAAGGCGCUUGGCUUCAUAUCCCAUCCUACUUGGAAGAAACGUACAUGUGGAGCCACAGCAAUUGCACGGAGCAAGAAAGGCUCGCGUGCCUAGACAUGCCACGGCCGCCAGAUGUCUCAGCUGAUGUAGUGAUUUCUUGGGAGGAGGUGCAAGACAAUACUUGCACGUGCAAGAUGAAAGACAGCUACUUUGCAAGGCAUCCGGAGGACGAAGUUCUUGUGUUCACUCACAGUUACUUCGUCCCAACCCUAGACGGGAGCAGUACUCUGCCAUUGUUUGGCCUACCAGACUGGGGAACAGUCCAGACAAUUCUUCUAGCCGUCGAUGGCUCACGCUGCGAAGUUGGUGGGCAGUCCUCCUGGAGCGAAGAGCAGGCCGCCAUCGGCAUCGGUGCCCCACUCCGAGACUGGAUGCGAUGCGCAGGGGUCGACUUGGACACGAACCCCCUAGAACUGACCAGCCAGAAUGGAAGCCCAAACUUGGCUGGGCACCUACGGACCAUGGGUUUCAUCCUGGACUUUCGGUUAAACUACUUGAGCCGAGGGGCCCACAGCGAAGUUCACCAAGGAGUGGUUUGCUAUGUGAGUGUCAAGGCACAUGCAGCAUGGAAUUCCAAUGUGGAAGUACAGAAAGUCAUGCUUCCUGCAAGCAGUAUCACAGCGGAGCAUCAGGUUUACAUGUAUGGAGUGACUCCCCGUUUCACGAUCGAGGGUGAUUUCCGCUUCUUUUCCCAUACGCCGGUCAUGACCUGGGUCAUCUCAGCCACUGUUCUCUUCGGAUUGCCGGCGCUGCUCCUGCGCUACCUUGUGGAGUUCUUGCUCGGGGUGCCUUCCCAGAUCUAUCGAAGGGAAACUUGCAGACCGUUCGACAUUUAUGACCAUCUGCGCAAGACACAGGCGCGCAUGCUCAGCUCUCAUGCCGCAUACAGCGUGUUGUCAAGCAACGGUUCGCUGGACAAGGACAGCCUGGACGGAUAUCUAAAGGUACUCUACGAUGCACAGAUUCGUGAUGGAACUUUGCAGCCGAAAGAGAUGGAGCGUCUAUGGCGAGCUACUAUUGCAGGUUUCGAUAUCGACAAGUCGGACAAAAUUUCUUUGGCAGAAUUCGUCGCGGCGGCAGCGAUGAUUGAUGAUUUGCACUUGGACGACAUCGUUCAUUUCCUCGAUUCAGAUCGCAAGGUGCCCUGUCUUGAGCGCUUGCUGGACAGCACUCGGCAUCAGCUGCGAGUCAAGAAUCAGCAAGUGCUUCCUGGCUCUGACGAGGAGCAGGCGGAGGCAUGCCAACGUUCGACAUCAGACAAGCCCCGCAGUAUUUCGUGA